UUGUUCUCGGCGGUUUUGUAGAUCGAUAGGACCGGAAAUUUCGAAAUUUCUUUUUUGUUCCAGUAUUGGGUUUUUGUCAGAUGAGAGAAACUUGAGCUUCGGAACAGGUGUUGUUCAAGUUUAUUGAAUAGUUGUUUGAUUUCGUGAGGUGGUUGCUGAAUACGUGAUUAAUCUUUUAGAUAAUUUUGGUUGAGAAAAAUUGUGGGAAGAGAAAAAUGGGUGAGAAAUUUUGGGAUAGUGAGGAAGACAAGGCUGUUGUGGAGUCAGUAUUAGGUGCUGAAGCCUGUGAGUACUUGGUCUCCUUGGCCUCUAAUGAUGUGUUCUCGGAGUUACUCUUGCCGCCGGCAAGUUUGGGUGUGCAGCAAGCAUUAUCCCAACUUGUGGAAGGUACUAAUUGGAGUUAUGCAAUUUGCUGGCAAGCGUCAAGUUUGAAAUCUGGUGGCUCUAUCUUGACUUGGGGGGAUGGGCACUGCCAGGACCUGAAAGGGAGUGGAGCUGGAGAUGGGAAUUCCAGCAGUGAUGGAACACUGCAGGGGGUUGGGAAGAAAGACGAGCUGAGAAAGCAUGUGCUUCGGAAGCUUCACGCAUGUUUUAGUGAUAAUGAGGAGGAUAACUAUGCAGCAAAGUUGGAAAGAAUAUCAGAUAUAGAUAUGUUUUAUCUUGCGUCAAUGUACUUUAUUUUUAGAUGUGAUGCCUCUUAUGGACUUGCAGAAUAUUAUAAAUCUGGUAGACCACUUUGGGCUUCAGAUACAGCUGGCUGCUUAGAUCAUUAUCAAUGGAGAUCGUUCUUGGCAAGAUCAGCUGGUUUACAGACAGUUGUAUUUGUACCAGUUAAAUCUGGAGUUGUGGAAAUUGGUUCCAUCAAAUCGAUUCCAGAAGACAAGAAUUUUCUGGAGAUGGUUAAAACAGUACUCGGGGAAUCUAAUUGUGUCCAGGCGAAGGCAUUUCCAAUGAUUUUUGGUCGUGAACUCAGUCUUGGUGGUUCACAAUCUCAAUCUGUGAGUAUAAAUUUUUCCCCAAAGGUGGAAAAUGAUUCUGGUUUUGCUCUGGAUUCCUAUGAUGUGCAAGCAGUGGGCUCCAGUCAAGUUUAUAAUAAUUCUUCCAACGGGUUCCGAGGUGACGACAGUGAUGUGAAACUGUUUCCCCAGCUGAACCAAAUGAUUUCAGGGGGUUUCAAUGCUCCGGGGAAGUAG